UCAGAACAUACCUGAGCUACAGCGCUACACACACCUGAGCCACAGCGCUACACACACCUGAGCUACAGCGCUACACACACCUGAGCAACAGCGCUACACACACCUGAGCUACAGCGCUACACACACCUGAGCUACAGCGCUACACACACCUGAGCAACAGCGCUACACACACUUGAGCUACAGCACUACACACACCUGGAGCUGAUCAUUAGCACACACACCUGGAGCUGAUCAUUAGCACACACACGUGGAGCUGACUGUUAGUCUCGCAGUGUUUCUGUGGGACCAUGUCUCACACAGAGAGGACUACAGGCUGCCGGUGUUCGGACUACAAGACCCAACAGCCCAACGCCAUCCUCUUCAACAUCCUCAGCCAAUCACAGUGCCACAGCCUGAGCUGCAGCCCUGCCCCCCCGCGGGGCUGUCACUGCGAGCGGAGCGUGAGCCUGGCCACGCCCAGUGAGACGGCCCACCUGGCCACAGGUGUGCUGCUGAAGACGCUGCGCUUCAUGCGAAGCCUCCCAUCCUUCCAGAACCUUCCGCUGGGCGACCAGCUCUCCCUGCUGCGCCUUGGCUGGGGCCCCGCCUUCAUCCUGGGACUGGCGCAGGAGGGCGUCGACUUCCAGGUGACAGACAGGCCGGCCGGCCGCAUGCUGAAGCAGAUCCUUCUGGAAGGGCAGGGGGGGCGUGGCCUGGGGGAUGGCCGGGACACACCCACCCUGGCGGCGGUGCACAAGCUGAAGGCCUGUCUGCACAGACUGUGGGGGCUGGACCUCACGCCCAAGGAGUAUGCCUACCUCAAAGGGGCGGUGCUCUUCAACCCUGAUGUCCCGCAGCUGGAGUCAGGGCAGUUUGUGGCGGGUCUGCAGCAGGAGGCGCAGCUCGCGCUACGGGAGGUGGUGACGCCGCUGCACCCGCACGACACGGGCCGCUUCGCACGCAUCCUCCUGGCGACUUCCGCACUCCGGUCCAUAAACCAGAACUUUCUGAUCGAGCUGUUCUUCCGGCCCCUCAUCGGCCCGGCGGACCUGUUCGAGCUGCUGGUGGAGAUGCUUUUCAGCCCAUAA